GCACAUACAGAUCACUACCAAUAACAUUACAUUAUAAUCAAAUUAAUACUUGCUAAAAGGAGAGAAACCCAACUCACCAUAAGCAAUUCCAUCUCGUGGUUUGGCAUUUUUACUGAUAAUUUAUAACCAUAAUGGCUUCUUCUCUACCUUCUUGCACAAUACUGUUCAAGCCUGCAUCUCUCAAUUUGAUCAGUACUCGUCAAGCGCUGCAAGUUAGAGCCCGGAGCUUUAGAGAUGAAGGGAUUUCGGGUGACAUGGUUGAAGCGAAUUUGAGGGUUCUGAGAGAGAGGAUAGAGGAAGUUAAGAACAAGGAAAGACUUGAGAGGUGUUGCAGAUGUGAGUAUGGAUGGAAUUAUCCAUCUGGGUAUAAUUACAAGCUGAAGAAACAAGUGGGUUUAUCUCAGGUUUUUGAUCUUAUAGGAUUGGUUUGCAGAACUAUUGGUUUCACCUGUGUUAGUGGUUCUUUGAUUCUUGUUCUUGUUUCUCUCAUAGUUCAUUUGAAUCAAUGAUGAGGGUGAUUAUUUGUGCAUUUUAUUCCUAUUGUAUAAAUCAUCAUCGACCGACACUUGAGCUACUGUAAUUUUCAAGAUUAUUUAGAAGUUCAUAAUUAAUUAUUUAGUUUAAUGGCA